GAUCUAUAUAUAACUGAGUUAUACAUAUAGAUCAGUGGAGAGGUGUAGAAAGGGCGAGUGAGUAGGACACGCUAUUGGCCCAAGAGCCAAGCAAAAGUAGGACAAGGUUGGCCGCUGCGCUCGCUAUGGCCUGCUUACUUAUAUUAGUCUGACAGUACACUAUAUACGUGACUGGACAGAACCUAGAGUUAUCCCAACAUAGACUGUCCGCUGCUCGAUCUGUUUGAUCGGGAGCACAUUAACUAAGUUUAUGUACACAAAAUGUUUUACAGUAUGUAACAUAGUUCAUAUGCUCCUGCUGUAAUCAUUUGUGAACGCGGAGUCAUAGGCUACAUUGGGUAGUAGGGCAUCAUGGCGGGCGGGCCGUGCACGAUCAGGGACGCUAUCGAGUCAGAUCUGACGUACGUGCUGAAAUGGUGGGCAGGAGAUUUUCCGGAGGACUACGAGCUCAAAAUUCACAAGAUCAUUCUGAAAUACGGGGAAGGCGGAGGAGCUUUCACGGCAGUGACAACUAACGGAGAACCAGUCGGUUUUUUGAACUGCGCUGUGGUCGGUAACGAGGCUUUCGUGGGUCACUUCAUAGUACGCAGCGACCUGAGAGGAACUGGAAUAGGGACCAUGUUGCUCAAACGCGUACGUGAGCACGCCGGCCACCGUAACCUAGCACUUGACUCCGUCAUGCACCGCGUACAGUUUUACAAGAAGCAUGGAUUCACCACGGAAUCGUUUAUUAUGACAGACCGCUACUGUACAGUGGACCAUGCCAAGAUCGCAGCAUCCCUGAAGCUGGAAGAUGAUGCUAAUAUUAUAGUGAAGCCAUACAGCGAGGAGAUGCUGCAAGCUGUACUCGACUACGACAGGACCAUCGCUGGGCACGACCGCGGAGACUAUCUGCGACCCUACAUACAGGCCUAUAAGAAGCUGGUGUUUGUUACAACAGAUGCUAAAGGCAAGCUAACAGGUUAUGUCGUUGCCAUCAACAUGGUGGGAAGCGUGAGUUACGGCAUCUUCCCACUCUACGGUGACACGGAACAGGUACAGAAACAGCUGAUGCGGCAGGUGUUAAUGGCCCUACCGGAUCGAUCAGAGAUCUGCUUAUAUACACCUGGCGACAACACGCCUGCGAUAAAGAUGAUAGAGGCACUUGGAGCUAGGUUUGUGAUGCAUCAACAGCGAAUGUACGCGAAGGACCAGGUGACGCUACCAUUGGAAAAGGUCGCGUCUGUUCUUAAUGACGUUGCCUUCGGCAUCUAGCACUAACCGAGUUUCUAAUUCGCCGAUUACGUUAAAGGUGUUUAAGAUUAUUGGCACUUUUGUCGUAGACCUCUCCCGCACGUAAAAAGAUAUAACUUGGGGUGUCGGCAAAGAAAUGGUGUUAAAUUGCUAAUUACAAAUCAUCGGAAUUAAAAUAUGUGCAAGGCGGUAAAAGCAGUAAUACAAACAUCAAUAAGUAUAAUAAAUGUAUCAUUAUUUGGAAUACA